AUGUAUAAUUACAUUACCACUUUAAAUACAGAAGAAGAGGAAUAAUAACAUUAUUAAUUAAUCUUAAGGAAAUUAAAUGUUAUAAUGAUACAUUACACACUUAUUCAAACUUUUCUAUUCUUCCAAUAUUCCAAUUCAAUCUUUUCUAUUUAUUUUUAAGAAUCCUCCUAAAAUAUAAAGGAAUUUGAAUAUAAUUCAAAAAAAUAACGAAGAUGACCGUAAGUAUUUAUCUAUAUCUUCAAAUGUCUAUUAAUUGAAUUAAUCAUAAGAAGAUGACACAGAAUAAUUAAGAUAAUAAAUCAAUUUUCUUCAUGAUGAAUUGAGCAAAUCUAAAUAAAAUAUGAUGUAAAUUAUUGAAGAACUUACUCAAGAAAGACAUUUACUUAUCUUCAAAAUUCAAGUCACUAUUGAUAAUUUAUAAUAGUAAAAAUAGCUAAGAAACAAAUCUAUUCAUUCAACCUAAUAAGGCAUUACUAAUGAACUAAAUCGAAAUAAGAAGAUUAGAAUUGUUAGAAAAGAAUUUUCAAAGAACUAACUGAUAUGUUGA